GACGUCAACGUUUUGGCUCUCUCUCUCUCUCCCUCUCUUUUUCUCUUUCUCUCUCUUUCUUUCUCUCUAUCUCAUUCUCACUCUUUGUCGCGGCUAUCGCUUUUAGCACAGACUGCUCAGCGCCGCACAGACUAUAAUGCUCACUUACCGGAAGACUGCGGAAAUCGGAUACGACGCUGUGUCUUCAUAUAUAUUUUUUGUGUCGAAGCUCAAUGCAGAUAAGAUUAAGGACGAGAUUUAAGAAAGAAAGAUAAUUAAUUUCGUCAUUAAAAAUUACCUUGGAAUCAAUUCAAUAUAAGGGUAUAUGUCGCUACGAGUAGACAGCUUCAAAAAUGGAAACGUCGUCAAAAUUGGUUGAAGUUAAGCCAAACGACUUCAAACCCUCUGAGCGAUGGAGAAUUAUAAAAAACAUUUUAAUGAUAGGCUUUGCCUUCAUGAUCCAAUUUACAGCUUUUAUGGGCGCAAGUAAUCUUCAAAGUUCUGUCAAUGUCGAUAAUUCACUUGGGACUUUCACUCUUGCUGCAAUAUAUGGAAGUUUAAUCUUCAGUAACAUAUUUCUACCUGUUCUGAUGAUCAGCUGGCUAGGAUGCAAAUGGACCAUAGCCAUGUCGUUCGUGGCUUACAUGCCAUUCAUAGCAGCGCAGUUCUACCCUCGAUUCUACACGAUGAUCCCAUCAGGCUUGGCGGUGGGUCUUGGUGGUGGACCGCUAUGGUGCGCCAAAUGCACUUACCUAACUGUCGUAUCUGAAGCUUACGCAAUGAUCAGCGAUUCGGGCGCCGACGUACUCGUCACCCGGUUCUUCGGAUUGUUCUUCAUGUUCUAUCAGAUGGCCCAAGUUUGGGGCAAUCUCAUCUCCUCAGCAGUACUAUCAUAUGGUUCAAGCCCGCAUGAUGAAGUGAUGCCAAAUGCCAGUCUCGUCAGUGAGCUGUGUGGUAGCAAUUUUUGCGGAGCCGCAUCGGCUACGGAGAAUCCGAAUCUCGAACCGCCACCUAUCGAAAGGAUUCAUCUGAUUGCUGGCAUUUAUUUAGGUUGCAUGGUUGCUGCCUCUUUGAUCGUCGCAUUUGGCGUCGAUUCGCUGACGAGGUACGACAGAGGACGGACGGGUUCAGCGACAGGCCAAUCCGGGUUGAAGCUCUUAGCAGUGACGCUGAAAUUGCUGGGAGAAAAAAACCAGCUGCUCAUUCUGCCGAUAACAAUUUUCAUCGGAGCCGAGCAGGCGUUCCUGUUCGCUGACUACAAUGCUGCAUACGUAUCGUGCGCUUGGGGCAUCAGCAACAUCGGUUAUGUGAUGAUCUGUUUCGGAGUGGUGAACGCCAUCGCUGCGCCUGCUACCGGCUCGGUGGUCAAGCUCACUGGCAGGGUACCGGUGAUGCUGUUUGCUUUCUUUCUACAUGUCGUCAUUCUCAUUACCCUACUUAUCUGGACACCGCAAGCUCACGGCUUCGUCUUUUUUCUUAUUUCCGGGUUGUGGGGUGUCUGCGAUGCCAUUUGGCUGGUCCAAGUGAACGCACUGUGUGGGCUCUUAUUCCCAGGCAAAGAAGAAGCUGGUUACUCAAAUUUCAAACUCUGGGAAGCAACUGGUUCUGUGAUUACGUACGCUUAUAGCCCUUAUCUCUGCUCGAACGUGAAAUUGUAUAUCUUAAUAGGAGUGCUAUCCUUCGGCAUGUUGUGCUAUUUGAUUAUAGAAUAUACAGGUGGUGUAAAAAGAGUUAUAACUCAGAAGCAACCAGACUUUCAAUUAGUUGCCUCGACGGAAAAAUAUUAAAAAUAUGCUUUGUAUAUUCGAUCAAACGUUCGACAAAACGGACAUUAUCGAGAUAAAUUUAGGAUAUUGAUAUGAAAUCUCAUAUUUAAGGACUGAAUUUCAUCAAGCCACUCUAAAACUCUGCAUUUGUAGCUGAUACUGUAUUUUGACAUAAUAUAAUGUUGUAACAGUGUUAAAGAUAUAUAUAUUAUAAAUGAAAACUUAUGGAGAAUGUAUUGAUCUUGGAAAGGAGGCUUUGUUUAAAAUCAAUAAUGAAUGAAUAAAAGAAUGACAAAUGCUCAUUUCUGAUUUGUAC